AUGGGAAACACGCAGCCAGGACCUGGAGGAAUCAGAAACGAUGCUGUAGGACAAAGACCUGGAAGCAGUCGUAGGAACCGCAUGAUGAGUGAUACUGCGCGAUUUGCUGCUGAAGUACUACCUUUACCCGAUGGACCUCCCAUGUUGACUGAAGUUUGUUAUCUCAAGUGCAGGAGAUCUCAAAAUUUUUUGCUUUUAGGAUCCACCAGAAUCUGGAAAUUCUUCAAGAGCUGGUGAAUGUCCAGUCGUCUUCCGGUGGAGUUUCGGCACGACAAAUCAGCCACGUCAGGUGUCGAUAAUCGGCUCCUGGGACGGUUGGGGCAAAAAGAUUCCUAUGGUCAAGUCGACAACUGACUUCACGACGAUCGUCGAUUUGGAGCCCGGAGAGUAUGAGUACAAGUUCAUGGUAGAUGGUCAAUGGGUCGUUGACGACAACCAGAAAAAGAAGAGUAACGCGAUGGGAAGCGAGAACAACGUGAUUCAUAUCCAAGAAGCUGAUUUUGCUGUUUUCGAAGCUCUCGAGCAGGAUUUCCACUCUUCCAACGCCGGAGAAGUUCUUCGUGGCGGGGCCGACAGCAAACCUUCUCAUGACACUCCCAACGACCGAGAGCUGGAGAAGCUGCGAUCUUUUUCGCAGGAGAUUCCGAGUCUCGAAAGUCUUCGUAAGGCCCCUGGACCGCCCUGGAUUCCACCCCAAUUGCUUCAGGUUUUUUUUUAAACUUUUCAUUAAAUAUAUUUUUUUCAUUGAAGGUGCUCCUGAACAAAGAAAUUCCCGAAGCUUGCGACCCGAAUGUUCUUCCUGAACCAAACCACGUCAUGCUCAACCACAUGUACGCUCUCUCAAUCAAGGAUAGUGUUAUGGUUCUUUCGUCGACCCAGCGUUAUAGAAAGAAGUUCGUGACCACCCUCCUGUACAAACCCGUAUAAUUCGCUAAUCGAUACCAAUGCUCACUUUUUUGUUUAAUCGUUUGAAAAGUCUUCUAAUCUGAUUAUGAAAACAAACCAGUUUGCUUAAAAAAAAAUAAAGCUGCUGUGAAAAUUUAGCAUGGUUGAAAACUUAUUUACCGGUUCCCACUUACGAAAAAAAAAAUGAAGAAAAUUUUACGGAGGAGGGAAGCAAUUUUAGUAUGAAGUUUGGAAUUUUCCAUGAAGCUGUUCAAACAAGCUCCGCCCCCUAAUGAUGCGAUAAACCAAUCAAAGAGUGAGCCAUUCACAGAGCGUUUUCGAAUGACGUCAUUCUACUUGACAUUCAAAAUUUGAAUGGACUACAUCAUAAAGCAUCUUCAGUUGAAUCUUGAAAGAGUGUUUGGGAAGUUUUAUAGAAAUUCCAAAUUUCAAUUAGACCUUUCUGUUAGGCGUGGUAGCUUUUAGUUUGACCUGAUGUCCUUUGCUGGUUUAAUUUUUAAUUCAGUCUGAGCAGCAAUGUGUUUUUGGGAAUAAAUUAGUUAGGUACUUUUUGAAGCUUUUUCGUGUUUUUUAUAUCUUUAUCGUUAUUAUUAUAAUUAUGUACAUAGAAUUAUCCGUUCUUUGUAAUUGUCAACAAAGGUUUCAGGAAAUCUCGGUUCUAA